GAUCCUAAAUUGACUCUAAAAAGUCGAAUUAAAUCGGGUCCCCAAAUUAAUCGGAGACGGAUCGGGCUGCCUGCCCUUUAAGUUUGGAGGACAAAGAAGGAAUCGUGUUCCGAACUGGUUCUUACUCCUCAGCAAACUUUUAAUAGGCAUUUUAAUUAUCGUGGUUCGCUUCCCAUAUUUUUAGUUUCUAGCUAUGUUUCAGCACCUUGUCUAGAAUGGCUAUUGCAUCUCUCUCCAAAGCACGUCCCUUUCACCAUCUCCUUUGCUCAUUCCACAACUUCAAACCCUUUUUCUUCUUCUCUUCUCUCACCCAACAGCAGCCUGUAUCUCCGCCGUUAGCAAACCUCGUAAAUGAAAUCUGUCGCGUACUAAGCGACCACAGGAGUCCUCACCAUGACUUAGACCCCUCUCUCACCGGCUUCUCUUCUCAUAUAUCCACUCAACUCGUCGAGCAAGUCCUAAAACGCUGCAAAAAUCUCGGCUUUUCUGCCCACAGAUUCUUUCUUUGGGCUGAAAAAAUUCCGGGUUUUCAACACAGUGAUACAAGCUACCAUAUUUUGGUUGAUGUAUUAGGAAGUAGCAAACAGUUUGCUAUUUUAUGGGAUUUCUUGGUAGAAAUUAGAGAUAGCAAACAGUUUGAGAUAACCCCAGAAAUUUUCUGGAUUAUUUUUAGAGCUUAUUGUGGAGCAAAUUUGCCUGGUGAUGCUAUCAGGGCAUUUGAUAGAAUGGUGGAGUUUGGAAUUAAGCCUAGUGUUCAUGAUGUUGAUAAACUUUUGUUUGUGUUAUGUAAAAGGAAGCAUGUGAAACAAGCCCAAGGGUUUUUUGAUGGAGUUAAGCAUGAGUUUGAGCUUAGUGCAAAAAGUUAUAGCAUUUUGGUGAGGGGUUGGGGGGAUGUCGGUGAAACUUACCAUGCACGUAAGAUGUUUGACGAAAUGGUCCAUCGAGGUUGUUCCAUCGAUGUUUUUGCUUAUAAUAGCUUGUUGGAAGCCUUGUGCAAAGGUGGUAACGUGGAGGAAGCUUAUAAGAUGUUUGGAGAAAUGGAUUCGAGUGGGAUUGAGCCAGAUGCUUGCAGUUACUCUGUUUUCAUUCGUGCAUAUUGUGAGGCCAAUGAUAUUCAUGCGGCAUUUAGGGUGCUUGAUAGAAUGAGAAGAUACAAUCUUGUCCCUAAUUUGUUCACUUACAAUUGCAUUAUCAAAAAGCUUUGCAACAAUGAUAAUGUUGAUGAGGCUUACCAGCUUUUAACCGAGAUGUUUGAGAGGGGAAUUACUCCGGAUACAUGGAGUUUCAAUGCCAUCCUGGCUUAUCAUUGUGAACAUUCUGAGGUUAAUAGGGCUCUUAGAUUGAUUUCCAGAAUGGAGAAAAAUGAAUGUCUACCAGACAGGCACACUUACAACAUGGCACUCAAGUUACUAAUUCGCAUAGGAAGAUUUGAUAGGGCAACAGAGCUGUGGGAGAGUACGGCAGAUAAAGGAUUUUAUCCUUCUGUAUCAACUUAUGCUGUCAUGGUUCAUGGUUUAUGUAAAAAAAGAGGUAAGUUAGAGGAGGCUUGCAAAUAUUUUGAGAUGAUGAUUGAUGAGGGUAUACCUCCAUAUUUUUCAACUGUUGAGUUAGUGAGGAAUCGGUUGUUGGGGUUUGGAUUCUUGGACAAUGUUGAGAUACUCGCAAACAAGAUGGCACGAAGCACUUCUUGCUCAAUACAAGAGUUAGCAAAUGCAAUGAGAGGUAAAACAGCCUAUAGGAGAACAAGAAGUGAAGAAACAGAGCUUGAAAACUUCAGUGGCAGCUUCUUAAGCUUUGGACAGUAAAGCACUAAUACAUGGAUCAGAUGCUGGAAGGGUAAAGCAUCCCAAUAAACGCUCUUCAAUUGUGGUAGGUAUCUUAAGUAAAGGUGUUCCAGCACAGGAAAUGGAUUCGGUUUCUCAACCACCUCACUGAUUACUUUUUCCACCUUUUUGCAGUCCAUUACAUCGAGAGUCCUCAGAUUGG